AAUCUCUCGAUUCGUGGAAAAAUUGUAUCGCUCGACAUUUACAAAAGGCUCCAAAUCAAAUCAAAUUUUAUUCCUUUGAUCUAGAAAAUCAUAUAUAAAAUGCUCGUAAACGCGAAGUUAUACCACUCGCGAUUAAAGUAUUUCAAUUCUCGCGUUUCGAUCUCGCGGAAAGAAGAAUCCGUGACUCUCGAUCCGGGUCACCGAUGCAAUUAACCAGCUUUUAAGACUUCAGAAAGGGCCGAUGAGAUAGAGAGGGAAAUCUUAAAGCAAUUAAGAUUAAUGUAAUUAGCGUGAAAAGUGACUCGGGCGAGAGAACGAGAGAAAUAGAGAGCCCUCUGUUCACCCGCUGUAGUAUUUCUGAAGAGGCACUCGUGUCGGCAUGCCUGGUCCCCGAUUGUAAACAGAUAUUUUCGCGUUAUUUUCAUAGUGGUGGGUCGGUGGUUCUGCGCAUGCGCCGUUCCGUUGGCGGCAAAGCCGUAUGGUCGACCGGCGUACACCAGUCAGUUGACGUAGCCGCGUCGUCCACGUAACAAUAUGCUCCCAGUUCUCGCGAUCACGGUUCUCUGCAUCGCGACAUGGGCAUCCGCGUUGAACGAUCCGCUCUCAGAUUUACCCAGGUUCGGCACACCGCUCAACAACCUGACGGUAUCCGUGGGCCGAGAGGCCGUUUUCACCUGCAUCGUGGAAAAUCUUGGUCCGUACAAGGUGGCGUGGCUACGCGUGGACACACAGACAAUUCUUACUAUAGCAACGCACGUUAUUACGAAGAACCAUCGGAUCGCCGUGACACAUAGCGGUCAUCGUAGGUGGUGCCUUCACAUUCGAGACACCAAAGAGACGGACAGGGGAUGGUACAUGUGCCAAGUUAACACCGACCCGAUGUCCAGCAACACUGGAUUCCUCGAAGUAGUCGUACCACCGGAUAUCCUGGACGACUCCACCAGCACGGAUAUGGAGGUGCGGGAGGGGAGCAACGUGACGUUGCGAUGCGCCGCGACCGGCACCCCGAAGCCGAAGGUCAUGUGGCGUCGCGAAGUUGGAGGCACCAUCACCCAGGCGAACUCGCACGAAGUAGGCCAGGGCUCCGUGUUGAAGCUAACGCGUGUCACGCGUGCCCACAUGGGACCGUAUCUGUGCAUAGCGUCAAACGGUGUGCCGCCAGCAGUGAGCAAGCGGAUCGUCCUCAACGUUUACUUUCAGCCAAUGGUAUGGAUUGAAAACCAGUUAGUUGGCGCUUAUGAGGGUCAAACGCUCGUCCUAGAAUGUCACAGCGAGGCUUAUCCAACAGCAAUCACUUAUUGGACUAGGCCGUCUAACGAAACGAUUACGAAUGAUAAUUAUAAGGUUGAGACAAUUCCAAAGGGGUACGAGAUCACUAUGAAGCUUACUAUAAAAUCCGUACAACCUCAAGAUUUUGGAUCGUAUCGAUGCGUUGCGAGAAACUCAUUAGGGGAAAUGGACGGGAAAAUUAAACUGUACAGGAUCGAUAGAUCGCCAACGAUGCGUAGACCAAGCACCAGACGAGACUCGAAGAAGAGUUGGAAGAUGGACCACAAUCACGAGAGGAACACGACCGGCAUGAAGGACGAGCCGAUGACGAAAAUGAUCGAGAACGAGGACGAGCAGAUCGAUUUCCAAUCCGCCACUGCCUCAUCCCUGUUUCACUGCCAUCUGCUGGCCAAUCUUGGAAUCACGACCAUCACCGCCAUAUUGGCCGGUGGUAUGUCAACGUAGACCCUUCUGUGAUCUCAGUUUUACGUAUGAAACUGAUCAAUUCGCGUCCGGAUGAAUUUUCAGGGUCGCUAGUCGCGAGAAUACCGGUGAUUAUUACCGGAUUGCGACUCUAAUGUUAAUGGAGGACCAGUCGGUUCCAUGUUUCUCUUUACAUUCCUGUUCGCGAGAACAUACCAUGGAUUUGAAAAGAAACGUGUUGGGAGAUUGAAAGAAAAAAAAGUGUCUUCUGAGAGCAAGAUCGCCUAGAACGAAGCGCACGCUCGAGAGAAUGCGCGUUCCUCUUAUACGAAAGAUUCCAUUCGUUCUUUAACCCUUUAGCACGAGUAUAUAGCACGAGGAGAAUGUUGCCUAUUUAUGGAAAGUAUAGGUAUGAUAGAUAAAAUUCAUUUGUGUUUUAUAAGAUUUUUUUUUUUGUUAUGUGUUAAUAUAUGUUUUUUUGAAGAUUAGUCUAAUAUUAAUUAUUGAAUUUUAUAUUAUUGUAAUUUAAAGAUAAAGUUUUUUGUUACAAAUGAUAUAAUUUCGAAAUGAAGACAUUCGAUUUUUUUAAAUAAGUUCUUUAAUUAAAACUUUUAAUUUUUUUGUAUGUAAUACAAUGAUUAUUUUGUCUAUCAGCUGGUAGAUAUCGAGACAAAUUUUGUAAAAAUAUUAAAAUAACAUUGGGAAUAUUUUUAAGAAUUUCUUAUUUGAAUAGAAACUUGGAAAAAAUCUAAUAAAAAUAUUUGGAGAAAAAAAAUUUGGAAAAAUUAUAACUAAAUUCACAUAAUUUUAAUUUUAUUUAAAUUUUUAAAAAUAUUCUAUUAGUUGCAAAUUUGGCUUUGAAUUGGUUUUACAAUUGUACUCGUAAUACUUUAUUAUAAAUUUAAUACGAUACCGUAUCAUAUUAUAAUAAUUUUGCAAUAGAUGACGCGUAUAUCGCAACUAAAGGGUUGAGAAUAGUAUUACAGGUAGCUUUUGAACUGACAAUGCAUUUAUUUAGAAUAACAGAACUUGCUAUGUUUCUUCUUCCAUGUAAUUAAAUUAUAUUUUAUAAAUAAUUUGAAAUAAUAAUUAUAACACGUAUUUUCUUCACGUUAAAUCCCGUGUAUCAAGAAAAUAGUAUCAAGAAUUAACGAUAGAGAUAUAUAUAUAUAUAUAAACAAAGAAUAUUUAUAUUUGACAUAAUUCAUAUUACAAGUCAAAAGAAAGACCUAAUUUAAUUUAAAAUUAAUUAACUUCAAAGUUUUGCAAGAAACAUUGUAGAAAUUUCUAAUUUACGUACACUGUUAUUUGUUAAUUUGUAAAUUCUAGAUCGUUCGUAAGGCCUAUCAUGAUAUCGAGCAAAUAUAUUUUUUUACAUUUCUUUAUAAUUUAUAAUAACGCUUAACGAUAAUAUGUGAUACAAAAUCUGAAGAGCUUCACGGACGAUGCGUUCGAUUUAAUUUAUUCGUUAUUGAAUUUUAUGCGACUAAUUUGUAAAUCUUUUUGUAACAUUAUUCGUGCAAUUAUUUAUCACGUGAUAUUUACAAAUUUUAAGAAAAAUUUAUAUUUUCUAAUUCGCGCAAUUUAUAAUUUUAAUAUUGUUUAUCGAUAAUCGUUUGAUAUUGUGAUAUUUAUCAAUUUUAAGUCUUAAGAAAGUAUCAAGUUUUUAAUUCAUGUUUCCUUAUAGUGAAAAAUCUCGACAAGAGUUUUUAUUUUUAUGUGUGUUACGCUUGUACCUAAUCUACAUGUAAGUACAUAUCAUUUUCUUCUUCGUGUGGCGACAUGCUUUACGACAAUAAUUGUUUCGAUUAUUCAAUUACGAACAGAACAUAUGAUUUAUAACACGCAACAAGAUUCGUAACAUUGAUUCCGAAUCACGUUAUAUAUUUAUACGAGAAUAAAAAGCUUUACUUUAGUUUCAGAGAAUGAAUCGAAAAUCACAAAUCGAUUCUUUUUUAUCGUACAAAGCUUGUAAAUUCCAUCGAUGACUUUUCUGUUUUAAUAUUAUCGUAUAUUAGAAACUCGUCAAAACGAAUACAGAUUAUUUUCAUCUCGUUUCAAAGAGUUGAUUCUCAAGUGACACAAUCAAUGAAACAUUCAAUCGUAUUAAAUCACGAUUGUAAUAUAAAGUGAUUCUGAAGUAGAUAAUUUACUUUAUUCUAUUUAUAUUAAAAAGAUAAUCUCAUUCUGGCAAUUUAAAAUAACUAAUAAUUAAACGACAAAUAACAUUUUCACGCGUUAUAAAUAUAUUUUUUAAUUAUUAUUAAUAUUAGGAAUGUUUAAUUUUAAUUAUAUAAAAUGUUAUAAAAAUUAAAUAUAUAUUUAAAAAACAAUAACGAACGUUUAUUUAUAGGAAUAAUUAUUUUAAAUUAUUAUUUAUUUAUGAGAUUAAAUUAUUAAUUAUAUUAGAAGUACUUGAUAAAUAUUGUAAUAAUCCUUUGUUAUAUUCUUUUUCAAAUUUUAAAAAUUAUUUUAAUUAUUAAAAAAAAAGACACAAUAAAAAUAAAUAUAAAAAAAUUACAUUACAUUAUAAAGAUUAAAGCAUCAUCAGAGUUUCUAUGUUUGCAUACACAAUAAGUUUGUCCACUGAAAAGAUAAUCAACUAUCACAAUUCAAAACUUCAAUUAUCUACUUCAAAAACACUUCAUCCUUUAUCAUCGUUAUUUACAUUUACAUUUCUGUAAUCAGGACAAGUGGAAACAAUGAGAGAGAAACUGUGACUUCAAUUCCUUCCAGCGGUUCCAUCGUUUUAUAAAUGCGUUUGCAAGUUCUGUACCCAAUAAUUAACAAUAAUGAAUAACCGAAGUAACACGAUUAAUAAGGAUGACGAUAUGGGUAAUAUUUUAACGUACCCUAACCAAUAAAAUCAAUCACACGAAAGUCAAAUUGAUCAUCUUUUGUUAAUAUAAAUAUCGUUUCAUUUUUGAAAAAUUAGUAAUAUUAGUCAUAUAAUAAAUAUAUUAUUAGAAUAGUGCAUAUGAAAUGUCAUUUUCUGGAAUAAAUUUGUUUUUAAUUAAUAUUAUACAUUUAAUCGAAGUAGUUUUUUUAUUUGAUUUAUAAAAAUUCAAUAAAUCUUUGAAUGUUAAAUGUAUCUAGAUUGUUUUAUUCAGUAAUCUAGAUAAAUUUUGAAAGAAAUUAUUUAAUCAGAUUUUUAUUCUAAUUCGUUUGUUUUACGUGUAAUAGAUAAAACAUUUUUUCUUUUUCAAAAUAUUUUAUAAUAAUUCAAUGGUUUAUAACAAAAAAAUAUCCAACUAUCAUAGUAAGUAACUAUCAUUAUAAUUUAUAAUGAAUACAAUUGAUGAUAAUGGUAAAAAGACAAUAUUCAACUGCAAUGAUAAAAUUAAAAUGUAAUUACUUCUCCAAUUCCAAUAAAAAAAAAUUUAGAAUUGUAAGUUAAUUAAAUUGAAAGAUUCAGAAGCCAAUUAGAAACAUUUAAGUUGUUCAAAUUACUAUAAUACUUUUAGUAAUGAUAAAUCAAUUGGAUCGCUAAACUACCAAAGUAGUCGCUUAAUUUUUCAAUUAAGAGUUUACUAGAAUAGUUACUUAAUAGAUUUGUCAAUUGAAAGUUUACACGACAAAGAAAUUCUUGCACUUCGUGAAUCACUUUCAGAGAAUACAAUUUACAAUGAUUAGCUUUUUGAACAUUUUAAAUAUAAAUCUCAAUUAUAAUUAGCGAUACAAUCAAUAUAAAUAAUUAAACAACAUGUUAAUUAAACAAAAAAUUAGGAAAUAUUUAUAACUUUUAAAACAUUCAAAGAUCACAAUAAUAAUUUAGAUUUAAUAAUUAUAAACGACAUUUCACAUGCGCUUAACUUAAUAAAAUUUCAAAAUUUAUAAACAAGAAAAUGAUCAAUAUGACUUCUCGAUGACUUAAAUAGAAUCAUGCAUUCCUUCCACUCUGUUCGAGUCAACGUACGAGAGAUCGAUAGUGAUCAAGACAAGUAGAGCGAACCGAGCCUAUAAUCCGCCUUUACACAUAUUCUUAAUAUUGACAUUGCUUGUUGAACACCAGUUUGGCGAUCAUGUUUCAGCCUUAAUCAAGGAGAUAAAGAAGAAAAGAAGAACAAAGAAGAAACGAAGCUGUGUGCAUUAUCGUUCAUAUAGCCCAGCUUGGCAACGAUUCUCGUUGCGUGUAAUAUAAUGGAACGUUGUAAUGCCUAAACGUGAUCUGUAAAGCGUUACAGAUCGUUGCUUUCGACGCAUAGGAUUAUACAUUGUAAAAUAAUAGCGUGUGUAUGAUAACGUGUAGAAUAAGCCUCAGGGACAUGUAAAUACGUUAAGCUGUAAGAUGACGAUGUGUUAGUUUUUGCAUUUGUGAUCACACUGCCACUUCUACCCUCUCUCAUCCCGUGUAAAUAAAAUGUACUCUAUCGUGUACUUGGGCAAUAAAUGUUAGACAAUCGUACUA